AUGGACGGAUACGUAAACGUUAAUUUCUUUUGGGGAGGUGAAAUCAUCAAACAAGAUAACGAUAUUCUCUACUCCCUAGAUCCGAAAGAAAUGAUGUUUGUGAAAUUGGGCACCUCGUAUGAAGAAUUACGAGAUAUUGUCUUCCAGUUGAUGCAUAUUAGUAGGCAUCAUUGGGAUGUCAAGCUUACUGUCAAGUAUCCAAGAAUCGGGGUUGCUAACCUCGUUACUGGGUUUUUUGUUAAGUCUAUUAAAUCAGACGACGAUGUUAGUAGAAUGUUAAGUAUACCCACGAGAUUUCACUUGGGGGGAGACGUAGCAUUGUUUAUUGAGGCUGAGAGUAUUGCUCAGCCGAGCCAACAGUACGGAGGGCCAUUUACACAACAAUCCGGACAAAUCGCUACAGGAGGAGAGUAUGCAAAUUAUGGUGGAAACUACGGCGGGAGUUUUGGAGGGGAUUAUGGGGGGAACUAUGGCCAAAGCGACUACGGAAGCAUGCAAGGGUGGUCAAGUAGCUUCUUCGAGGGUGGCUACACCUACGGGGGUGGUGGCGGCUCUAGUAAUACAGGUCGUUUUGUUGUUGAAGAGGUUGUAGACGAGGACGAUUUGAGUGGAAGACAGCCAUCACCACCUCGUGAAAUGCCGAACAAAGGUGCAGUUGUGACUCUUGCACUUGAGUACGAAGACGAAGAUGAAGAGUAUGGCUCGGAAAGAGCCAUAAGCAGCAGUGACGAUUCGGAUUGGAACUUGUCACAGGAGGAGGCUGCUGAAUCAGAAGAUUUUUCGGAGGCUGAUUCAGACGAAGCCCUAGAAGGCAACACGAGUAUGCAAACACAGGCAGUGACUAUGCAUGAGCCUAGAGCUCCCUGGUUUACAAGCCAAGAUUACGAGCCUGUCGUAGUUUCAAAUAGGGACCCACUUGUGUCACUUGCUUUUGAUCCGGCCGCUGAUGAUUUAAACGAGGGAGCUCUAUUUGCUAGCAAAGAUAUACUUAUUUCUGCUGUCAAAGAGGCACAUAUAAAAACAGAUCGGAACUUCUUCGUGGAGAAAAGCAGCACGUCCGUCUACAAAGUAAAGUGUGUGGUUCGAGACUGCAACUGGAAGCUAAGGGCGGCGAAGAAGAAGACCCACGGGCUUUUUCAAAUAACAAAUUGUCCAGAGCAGCACACAUGCCUCCUAGAUAGGCCGACGCAGGACCACCGAAAGAUUUCUGCAAAAAUGAUUGGAUGUUUGGUUGCUCCCUACGUGGCCCAAACCCCUCAGUUGAAGGUGAGCAACGUCAUAACAAUGGUUAAUGAUGAAUACCACCAUUUGAUAAGUUACAUGAAAGCAUGGAGGGGGAAGAUGGCCGGCAUGGAGAGCACUUAUGGUAACUGGCGAACAACCUAUAACGAGCUCCCUCGGUUCCUUAACGUCAUGGCCAGUACAAAUCCAGGAAGCGUGGUCGUGGUUAAUGUGGUUCCACAUCACACCGAUAGGGGUACAUCAACAUUCGUUCGGGCAUUUUGGUGCUUGAAAGCAAUGAUUGAUGGUUGGCAGUAUGCACGGCCAGUUAUUUCCAUUGAUGGUACUUUCCUUAAGGGAAAGUAUAAUGGGAAAUUGCUGGUAGCGGUGGGAGUAGACUCUAACAACCAUCAAUAUCCCAUCUGCUUUGCCUUGGUAGUUGAAAACUGA